UGAGAACGAUGGUUUCAUUGUUAUCCAGAAAAGUAACACUAUAAAGGUAGAGGCGAGACGUGACCUAGCAUUGUAUCCAGAGAUAGGGAGAAGGGGAGGGACUGAGGGGAAGAGGAGGAAGCCCCAGAGACACACAGAGGAGGGCACACGGAGCGCAGCGCUGGGGGAGAGCUCCCUCUUAAAGCGGCACAUUGUUACUGCCAGUGGGAGACGGGCGAGGGCACCGAGUUGUGGGGCAGCAAAGUUCCGAGAAGAAGAAGCCGCAUCAGCCCCCUGUGAUUGUUCAGUCAUGUAGCAGGAAACAGAGGCUGCCUGUCUGCCGGAGGAGGAGGAGGGGGAGGAGGGAGCACUUUCUUCUUCUUCUCGCCGUUGCUGACUGGGAACAGUUUGCAGGGAAGGAGGGAGAGGAGCAGUGAUAAGGUUAUGAGGUGAGGCUCAGCAUGCAGCCCCGCAGCCCUCCCCGGCCCAGCAAUAUGGCUGCUGCUGCUUGCAGGCUGUGUGCAGGCAGAGGGUGCAUGAGGGCAGGAUUGUGCUCCGCUCCUGUGCAGGCGGCAAGCCGGAGCUUCCUGCUGGGCCUGUAACUCCACACAGGGGGAAAAAAGCUCAGAGACUUCGACGAGAGGAGGGAGCUUGUGACGAGUCGGGAUGGAGCCCAAGCACAGGGAACUACUCCAGCAGUGCCACAAGAACCUGGUGGAGUCCGUCAGCGAUGCCGACAGGUUGCUGAACCUCCUGGAGGAGUCCGGCACCCUCACCCUAAGGGACAGGCAGGAGCUGGACAACAGCUGCUCCACACCGCACGAUAAAGUGGACCUCCUGCUCAAGAUGCUUCUGGUCAAAGAGAAGGACCACUUCCAGGACCUGAGGGUGGCCCUGGAGAAGACUGAGCCCCAUCUACUGCCCAUCCUCUACUUGAAUGGCUUAGGAAGUGGAGACACUGCAGGCUCUACAUACAGUGUCCUCACCACCAUGCCUUCAGACUCAGAAAGCAGUGGCUCUCUCAGCAGUGUCGGUACGACUAAUAAGGCCUCCUCCCCUCCCUUAUCUACCACUGAUGGUCGUCUUAUGAGUGAGAAGUUAGACACCAUACUGUCCCAGUUGAGGCAAGUGACCCGUGAGAGAGAUGAGCUUCGAAAACGACUGGCUUUGUCCUCUCCUGGAUCAACCUUUGAUGACUGCAGACCAAGUCCCAAACUCACUCCGGAUUAUGAGCGAUUGAAGGUGCAGUGCAUGAAGGCUAUGUCAGAACUGGAGGCAUUACAGAGCCAGCACUCCAAGGCACUUAAAAAGUGUGAAGAGGCUGCAAAGGAAGCAGAUUUCUACCAUACUCUGCACAGUCGAGUUUUAACUGACCAAACACAACUACAAGAGGAUAGUGAGAGUCUGCGCAGGAAGCAUGCCCAACUACAGCGUGAGUUUACCCAUCUGCAGCAGUCCUGCCAGGAUCUGAAGAGAAUGCAUGAAGCAGAUCAGAAGGAGAUCUCUGAACUGCGCAGACAACAGCAACUGGUGGUGAAACAGAACGGUUCUUCAGAGCUGAUUAACAAGUUGUACGACACUGCUUUAGACAAGCUAGAAAUUGUGAAGAAGGAUUAUGAUUCCCUACGAAGACAGUACAAUGAGAAAGUUUCUAGUCAUAAUCUGGAUUUAGGGCGACUGGAGCAGAGUGAGGAAGAGAAGAGAAGUCUUCAGAAACAACUGGAGGGGCUGCUGAAGCAAAGGGACAGUGCAUUGCAUCUUCAGCACCAGUAUUCAUCCUCUAUGAGAAGGUACGAUUCCAUCCAGCAGGAGCUGAAUAAGGCAACCUUACAGAACAAGGAGCUGCAAAGAGAGAUUGAGCGUCUACAGGCAGAGGCUACACGUUUUAAAACCAUGCAGCUAAAAGCUGUCAAAGAUGCUGAGAAAUACAAGGAAGAGAGAGACUCUGUAUUCAAUGAGUAUCGUUUAAUCAUGAGUGAGCGAGACCAAGUAAUAAAGGAGAUGGACAAAAUGCAAACUGAACUUGAACUAGCACAAGGACGGCUAAAAAAUACAUCCAGUGAGAAGCGAGUUGCAAGUGAGGAGAUGGAAGCUCUUAGACAGGAGCUUAACUCUGCCCUUGUGGAACGUGAUAGAGCAAUUUUCGAAAGGAAUGAACUUUUGGAAAAGUACUGCCACGAGGUGAAGGACAAAGCUGAAGCCCAAAAAGAACUGGACCAAGCUUGUAAAGAUAUUGAGACUGUAAAGGAAGAACGGGAUGUGGCAAGAAAGGAGAGGACAGAGGCCAUAAUUCAGAGGGACCACCUACUAAGAGAGUACUAUCAAGCUAGACAGAUUCAGGAUUCUGCAACUUUGGACAUGGAAAGAGCCAAUAAAGAGAUAGAGGUACUGAGAAAACAGUAUGAAGCGAUGACCCAUGAACUGAAAGAGGCCACCCAGGAAGCUGAAGUAGCAAAGUGCAGGCGAGAUUGGGCCUUCCAGGAGAGGGACAAGAUUGUAGCUGAGAGAGAGAGUAUCCGGACUCUGUGUGAUAACUUAAGAAGAGAACGGGACCGUGCAGUUAGUGAACUAGCCGAGGCGUUGAGAAACCUAGAUGACAUGCGUAAGCAGAAGAAUGAUGCUACAAGAGAAUUGAAGGAAUUAAAGGAGAAGAUGGAUAACCAGAUUGAGAAAGAAGCUCGUUUCCGGCAGCUCAUGGCCCAUAGUUCUCAUGACUCUGCUAUUGACACAGACUCGCUGGAGUGGGAGACUGAAGUGGUGGAGUUUGAGCGUAAUAGGGAAGAUAUGGACCUUAAAGCUUUGGGGUUUGACGUGGCAGAUGGAGUUAGCGAGUCUUUUUUCCCAGGUGAUAGUGGCAUUUUUGUUACUAAAGUGGACAAAGGCAGUAUUGCUGAUGGUCGACUAAGAGUAAAUGACUGUCUCCUGAAGAUAAACGAUGUGGAUCUUACCAACAAGGACCGAAAACAGUUGAUCAAAGCUGUCCUUAGCGGAGGGGAUGUCAUCAACAUGGUCAUACGGAGAAGAAAGUCUCUUGGAAGUCGUAUUGUAACACCUAUUCAGAUCAACCUGGGCAAUCAGAAAGAUAGUGGAGUUUCUUUGGAGACUGGAAUAUUGGUGGCAUCUGUGAUGCCUGGGAGUCCUGCUGCCAAAGAAGGAUCUCUCGCGGUUGGUGACAGAGUAGUGGCUAUUAACGGUAUAGCUUUGGACAACAAAUCCAUUAUCGAAUGUGAAGCUCUGCUCAGGGGCUGUCGGGAAUCAAUUAGCAUCUCUUUGUUAAAGGUCUUCCCACCCACUACAUCUUGGAGUGGACAAAACCUCUUUGAAAACCUGAAGGAUUCUUGUCGCAUUCUCCCUCCAAACAUUCAGGCCCAGAAUAAAAGAAACUUGAAGAAUAAUAGCUCAACACAGACUGACAUUUUUUGCCCAGACAUUCUUGAUCACAAAAAAGAAAUGGGAGAUGGCAGUGGAUCAGAGAGAGCACUUCAGUUGAGCUGCCACAGUCACUCUGAGCACAGCUUGGGGUCCAUAGGUGGAGAUGCUUUUAUGGGACGUGGCUAUGAAUUACUAGUAGAGGAAGGCAGACCGCUUGGUUAUACUGAAGCUAUUACAGAUGCUUUUGUUGAGGCUUCAGCUGGAAAGAGGAGUAGUGGUACAUGGCCAAAGGUUAUGGUAAACCCCGGACACUCACAAAGUGAGUUCACAGUCUUUAAGAGACCAAGACAGAGAAAGUCCAUCUUUGAUCCAGAGACUUUUAAGAGGCCUCAGACACCUCCAAAACUAACUUUUAUGACACCUGGAUCAGUAAUUUCUCACUCAUCGCAGCCUUCAAAAGUAGACAGGCCACCAUCUCCUCCAACGCCUCCUAAACGCAGUGACUCUAUCAAGUUUAAACAUAGGCAUCAGUCUAGUUCAGCGUCCGAUUCAACUGUAACUGCUGGUUCUCCACCUACUACCCCUUUACCGACUUCUCUUCCUACCAGCUCUCAAGAUGGUAACCAUAAAACCCAUCUUAAUAGAGGGGUUGGAAAAUGUUGCAGAGAGGAUGGGGUAGAUUGUUCUUUAACAGGUUGUAGAGGAAGUGGAGAUGUUGAAAGCUGCUUGCAAAGGGCAGAAGAACCUGAAGUGAAAAGGCCUAGACCUUUGUCCGCACCGGCUUUAAAACACAGAUUGGCACCUGUCACCAUUCCCCACCACUCACUACAGAAGUUUUCCCCUAGUUCGGACGAUCGCCUGUCUCCUGAACUAAAUCACGAGUGGGUUAGGUUCUCUCCCACCCGUUCUCCCCGCCAGAGUGACAUUUUUGCAUCUACCUUAUAUGGGUCUGGUAUGUCAGGUACUGUACCUCGGAGCCUCGCUCCAUGUCCUGCUGUUACCGCAGUUUUAAGGAAUCCAGUCUACACAGCUUGGAGUCACCGUGUUCCGUCUAAUAAUUGUCCCUCCUCUACAGGCCAGGUCUGCUCUCAGCACAUGCAUCAAAGUGCACAACACCAUGGGCGGUUAAGUUUAGACCUAAGUCACAAACACCCAAGUGAAUGCUGUGAUACCUCCCGUCCAAGGGUACCACAUGGCUCUAACUCUUUGCCUUCCAGUGCCCGUUUAGGAUCCUCAAGAACUGAACGCAUUAAAAUUCCACUAACACCAAGAUAUUUGCGGUGCCCAAUGGGUUCAGAUAGGGGUUCCUUGUCGCAAUCAGAGUGCAGCAGUCCCAGCCUCGCCAGUCCUCCUCAUUCUCCCCUCAACUUAGAAACAUCAUCAUUUGCCAGUAGCCAGUCACAACAUUCUAUUGCCAGCUUGCCUCGAAUUUCCAUCAGCACUGUGCCCAUGGGGGAACGUAGGAAAGACAGCCAUUAUUAUUUUCUUCCCCAUUUUUCAUCAUCUAGAUAUGUCUUCCGUACUAGGUCUUUACUGAGGCUUCCAGCCCAUACUAGGCCCAGGUUUUCCUCAGUAAGAUGCUUGAGACCACUAGUAGAUGAGCCUCGACACGUUAAGGUACAGAAAGGAGCUGAACCGCUAGGAAUUUCAAUUGGUGGCGGAGAGAGCGGGGGCAUCUUUGUCUCUAAAGUGAUGGCUGGAAGCAUUGCUCAGCAAGCUGGGCUGGAAUAUGGGGACCAGCUGCUAGAGUUUAAUGGUAUAAAUUUAAGAAGUGCCACAGAGCAGCAAGCACGUCUGAUCAUUGGACAGCAGUGUGAUACCAUCACAAUUCUGGCCCAGUACAACCCUCACAUGUGCCAGCCACUUCAUUCACGCUCCAGCUCACGUCUGGAUACUAGUACUACUCAUUCUACACCUCACAGCAGUGGUGCAGCAACACCCGACAAUCAUUCCGUCAUAGAUACUGUGAGUGAGCAAGAUGAGGGAACCAUGACUCCACCAUCAAAAGAAACCACACCGAGUACAAGCCCUCGCAGCUCACUUAGGACACCAGUGGAUGGCACGAAGAAACACUCAGAGAUCCGCAUAGUCACCCUCACUAAAUCUCCUGUGGAGCUGGGAAUGCAGAUCUGUGGAGGGAACCUGCAUGGGAUAUAUGUGUUGGAUUUAGAUGAAGAUAAUGCAUCUGGUGGACUGGAGGGGCUGCUGACAGGAGACUUCAUUAUAGAUUAUGGCUCUGUUGAUUUGAGGAACAAAACAGCAGAAGAAGCCUACCUAGAGAUGCUAAAACCAACAGAAAAUGUUAAGGUGAAGGUGCAGCAAAAAUUGGACGAGUUCAACAAAAUCAAAGACCAGCCUGGUGAUGGAUUUUAUGUAAGAGCACUUUAUGACCGACAAGCCGAAAAUUCUCAGGAGUUGAGUUUCAAGAAGGAUGAUAUAUUAUAUGUAGAUGACACGCUCCCUCAAGGAGCAUUUGGUACAUGGAUGGGUUGGCAGCUUGAUGAGAAUGCACAGAAACUGGAGAGGGGCCAAAUUCCCAGCAAAUACAUGAUGGAACAAGAAUUUUCCCGGCGUCUCAGCGUUUCUGAAGUAAGAGAUGAAGGUGGUGCAGCAAAAACUCUGUCUGCAGCUGCUAGGCGUUCCUUUUUUCGCAGGAAAAAUAAACACAAGCGGAGUGGAUCUCGAGAUGGCAAGGAGCUUCAAGGAUUGGACACAAUUAGCACAGAUUCUAUCCCCUUCCUUGACGGUGAGGGAAAUAUAAGAAAAAAUUUAACACCUUAAGGACUUGGUUUUUGC